AUGGCUACAGGUGUAGUAGGUGAGCUGAAGGAAGAUUUCCUUGAAUGUCCGAUAUGUACAGAGGAGUAUGAUGAAGAUAAGCAUAUACCCAGGAUUCUUCCUUGUCAACAUUCAUUUUGCUCUGAAUGCCUUUCAAAAGAAACACGAAUUGGAAAACUUACUUGCUCCAUGUGCAAACGAAACUAUAAAGUAAAAGAGAAAGGUAUAGAGCAUUUUCCAAAAGAUCUUACAAGGCGGAAUCUAAAGGAUAUACUCAGCAGGAUUGCUUCAAAAUCGUGCAGUAUUUGCAAAAAAAUGGAAAGUGUGAAAUUUGAAUGCAUGUCGUGUGACGUAAAACUUUGUAGAAGAUGUUAUAAAGCCCGGAAAUCAACUGAUUGCAAGAAUCAUUCAGUAAAAGAACUUCAUGAGGUCGAAGACCAAACUCCAGAUACUUCUCUGGAUUCUUUUGAAAUAAAAGCGGAGAAUAUAUGCAACCUCCCAGGACAUGAAAAAAAUUCAUUGAAAUUUUAUUGCAUGCGCCAGGGCUGUCGAGUACCAAUUUGUGCUAACUGUGCGACAAAAGGCCACAAGCAGCACGAGUGGGAAGAAUUAGACGAAAUUUACUCUACACAAAAAGAACAAUUCCUUGCUCGAUUGACGGUAGCGAAAAAGAAUAUCCAUUCAGCAAAAGAGGUUCUGUUGUUUUGCAGGAACGAAAAUGAAACGAUGAAAGAAAAGGCUCGUAAAGGAAUGGAGGCAAUCAACAGAGAAAAAGAAAUUGGAAUCAAUUUUAUCAAUCAGGAAACUGAAGAGCUCUCUUUAACCAACAUAAGAACUGUCAAAGAAUUUACAGAUAAAUUUGAAAGAAAGGAGUCUUUGCUACAAAGUUUUAUUGAAAAUGCACAGGAAUGUUGCUCCAUCUCAGAAAAACUGCUCAAAGAAAACAAAACAUCAUUUUUGUCUUUAGAAAAGGCUAUUUCGGAUAAAUUGGAAAUAUUCGGUACAAAAACAUUUCAUCAAGAGAAAUUGGAUAUCGACGAGGAGUCUUUAUUGCUAAGGGAAGAAUGUGGAUGUCUCAAAAAUCGAAUCAAACGAAUGAUGGAUCCAUUCCAAGAAAAUUCAACAUUUCAAUUCCAGAUUACGUCAGCAGGAAGAAAUGAAAGAGGUAAUUCGUUUGGUAAAUCGUUUGGUUUAGCAAAUUGA